AGAACACCCUUAGGUAUGAACAUUUUACCCAUGAGCGGAAAAUGAAAAGGCCCAACAAAAAGUUUCAGAAGAAGUAACAUUAAUAUUCAGCCUGUUAUUGAAUAUAAAUCUAUGACACAUUCUUAUAACAAAGCACUAAAAUUAUUCUUGAAAAUGAUGAAUGAUGGGACUGAAAUGUUCUGUAUUUCCUGUAUCUUGCCCUUCUUCUGUUUCAAAUCGGACAUAAAGGUGUUACUUCCUCGUAUUAAAGGCAAAGAAAUAGAACCCAACAUAUACAGUAACUGCUGCAGAGCUGUGCACCCUCUCUGUGCACCCUCUGUGCACAAUUUCAGAGCAAUGGAGGAAAUCUAUGCAAAUGUUGGACAUGGCAAGUCUGUUGACUCAAAAGCAUCACAGAAUCAGAGAGGUCCCAGGAGCUCAGAGAGGACAGUUCAUGGAGCUGUUGCUCUCUGUCUGGGGCUGUUCUGUGUUCUCCUGCUGGCUGCACUCAUUGGCCUCGGUCUCCACUACCAUAACUCAGUACGUAGCUCAGCUGAAGAUUUCUCCAUCAUCAAAGCCAACCUGACUGAGCGUCUCCAGGCCAGUUAUAACAAACUUUCCUCCAUGUCUGAAGAGAGAGACCUGCUGAAUGCCAACCUCACUGAAAUAACUAAAGAGUUGAACAGGCUUCAGACUUUGUCCAAUUGGAAGAGAAGUUGUCCUGCAGGAUGGAACGCGUUCAGGUGCUCCUGUUAUCUCCUGUCCACUGAGUCUGGGUCGUGGACCAGAGCCAGAGAGGAUUGCAGAAACAGAGAAGCAGCUCUGGUCGUCAUAGACAGUGUUGAAGAACAGAAAUUUCUCUCUGAACUCUACACCAAACAAAGUUGGAUUGGUUUGACUGACAGUGAAACUGAGGGGACCUGGAAAUGGAUUGAUGGAACUCCACUGACUCUGACGUACUGGGAUCAAGGGCAGCCUGAUAAUGGUGGUGGACAUUCGAAAUUGGGUGAAGAGGAUUGUGUACACUUCCAGGCUGGAAACAAAACUGAAAAUAACUGGAACGAUCUGUCAUGUCGUACUUCUAUGCAGUGGAUCUGUGAGAGAAAAGAUUAGCAGUGGUUCAUCAUAAGUGUGGUGCACAAUAAUAAUAAUAAUAGCUGUAAUAAUAUAUGCAUGUAUAAUAUUUGUGUGUGUGUGUGUGUGUGAAUUGUUCCAGGUCUUUCUCAUCCUUCAGCAUCCUUAUUUUAUCUCCAGUUUAAUCAUAAUGACUGCAAUAUAUAUUUUUGAAAGAUUAUAGAUGAAAUAUCCUGAUCAACAUUCUCCUCCAGAAGGCAGGAAGUUAAGACUCAGAGAUUCUACUUGGCAUCCAAAAAGGAAGCAGGGCAUUAGUACAGCAGACCUUGGAGGUUAAGCUCAACUCUCAGUCCCAGCUACAUCAGUUGGCAGCUCAGUUGGUUUCCCUCUACAUGUUCAUUUGCAGAUCUCAAACAGGAUGCCCUAAUUCCAAAUCAGUUCAAUUUCAUUUUUGUAACGUCAAAUCACAACAGAAAUUAUCUCAUGACCCUUUACCAGGCGGGCAGGAACCUCAGAGUUGUCCCCAGCUUUGUGUGGACGAACAUCUACCUUGACUGGUUGGGUUGAAAGAGAGAAACGGACAGAGGGAAAGAAAGCAAGAGACGAAAGAGAAAGACAGACAGAAUGUGUGUGUGUGGGGGGGCACUCACACAAUGAUGCAUAGCAACUGCAAUAAUAACAGAAAUACUGCAACCAUUGCUAAUAACAAUAAUGCUGAUAUGCACAGUAACUGCUGUAAUACUGACAAUAAUUAAAAUGUGCUUAUAUACA